GCCCGCGCCCUCGCACCUCCGCCCACUCGACGCGAUGACGCACCGCAGGUUUGCGGACGUGGCGGCGGCGCAGGGUCCGGAAGGCGGGGUCGGCGAAGGCAGCAGUAGUGGACCAGGACCACCCGGAGCCCGGGGUCCGUCAUGAGCUGGUCCCGGGCCGCGGCAGCUGUGGUGGACGUGGUGUCCGGGUCGCCGCGUCCCUGCUAGCGCACAGAUUUUAACAUUAUGGCGGGGAGACAUCAGAAUCGUAGUGUUUCUCUCCCAGGUGUCCAGGCAGGUGGUCAAGCACACACUUUUGGGAAUUGUACAGACAGUGAUGUGUUGGAAGAAGAUGCUGAAGUAUAUGAACUUAGGUCCAGAGGAAAAGAGAAAAUUCGAAGAAGCACGUCAAGGGAUAGACUUGAUGAUAUUAUUAUCCUAACAAAAGAUAUACAGGAAGGAGACACUUUAAAUGCAGUAGCCCUUCAGUAUUGUUGUACGGUAGCAGAUAUCAAAAGAGUUAACAAUCUCAUCAGUGAUCAAGACUUUUUUGCCCUUAGGUCUAUCAAAAUUCCAGUUAAAAAGUUUAGUUCUUUGACUGAAACACUUUAUCCUACAAAAGGAAGACAAGUUUCUCGCCCUUCGCCUGUUCCGUACGCUCAAGAACAACAGGAAAGUUUACCAGCUAAUGAUUCUCUUUCUUCCAAUGAGUCAGCUGGUAGCUUUCUAAAAGAAGUAGAUCGAGACAUAGAACAAAUCGUAAAGUGUACAGACACCAAGAAAGAGAACCUUAAUGAGGUAGUGUCUGCCUUAACAGCACAACAAAUCCGCUUUGAACCUGAGAACAAAAACACUCACCACAAGGAUCCCUAUUAUGGAGCAGACUGGGGAAUUGGUUGGUGGACAGCUGUAGUGAUAAUGCUGAUAGUAGGUAUAAUAACACCAGUAUUUUAUUUGCUUUAUUAUGAAAUCUUAGCUAAAGUGGAUGUUAGUCACCACUCCACAGUAGACUUUUCACAUUUACAUUCAGGAGUCACAGCUCCAUCACAGCACAGAGGAACAGAAAAUGCAAUAGCUCCAACGAAAGGAAUAAAUGUCGGUCAACAAAAUGACCACAAACUCUACAGCCAAGACUCCCAGUCACCUGCUGCUCAACACAGAACAUAGCAGCUCAGACUACAAUGUUAGUGAUGCAUCUGGAAUGUGGUGAAUCAAAUCCCUCCAGCAACUACUUCAAAAGCAGAAUUUUAGGAACACUGAAGAUGCUUUGUUUUUAACGUUUCUAAAAAUUUCUGAGCCAUUUGCAAAUGGAUUAUGUAUAAACUCAUGUUUGCUAGUUUAUAUUGAGAGCAGACAGUCCAUCAAUUACUACAUCAGUCCUUAAUUAAAGCAGAAAUUGUAUGUUAAGGAGGUUCUUAACCUAGAAGAUAUUGUCAUUUUACUUCCUUGAGAUUAGUUAUGUUUAAAUUUUACCUUUUAAAGAAAUUAUUUUUGAUUUAAGGUUGUUCAUGUCAGAUAUUGAAGUGUAAUAUUGUGUAUCAGAUGCUUGCAGCUGAAGAAAAUUUGCUGUCAUAAGCCACCUAUUUAGUUGCAAAGCAAGUUUUGAUUCUAAAAUUAUUUAUGAUACCAAGUACCUAAUGCUCCAUUUUAAAACUUUCAGAGCAUGUUCAGCACACAUGCUAUGAAAGUACAUGUAGAAACAGGAAAACAUAAUGUAUUGUUUCUGUAAAAGGCUAAGAAAUAGAUUAAAUAUUAUUAAGACUCCAAAUAAUGUUUUAGGGUUGGAACCUUGUCAUUUGAUCCUAAGAACACUGGAAUAGGUCAAGACCUAUAAUUUUUUACUCUGUAAGAAUGCUUUCCUUAUGGCAAGCCCUUCUUCCUCACUUCACUUCUGUUUUUAAAACAAUAGUUGUAUCUGAUAUUUGAAAGCACUUUUGUAGUUCUUUGACAAAGUGUUAUACAGAUUAGCAUAUUCAGUAAAUUACUCCUUACACUGUGAUAAGUCAUUGCUGUUACAAAUAGUAAGAAGCCUUAAUUGCACUCAAUGCCUUACAAUAUUACUUCCAUAAGUUAGUAUGCAUUUAGAAUUUAAGUGAAACAUUGGGCCAGAUGAUCCAGUGGGGAUUCACGGCACAGGCUAUAUAAAUUUGUCUGUCCUCACCUUCACUUUAAGCACAAGUUAAUGGGGUAAAAACAAAUCUGUACUGUCUGCCCUCUGAAGUUUUGCAGAAAAUGGUUCAUUAAGCAAAAAGGUGCAAAGAGGCCUUUUGCAUUAGCAGUAGAGAAAUUGUUUUUUUGUUGAUCCCUUAACCUCUGUUUUUCCAAAAGAAAAUGUCCAGCUUCAGACACUUUUCCCCCAAGGGCUGUAACAUCAAAUUGGGAAAGAGGCCAUAGUUGUGUGGGUUGGUCAAAAGGACCUAACAGUGGCGAUUUAUAAAAUCUGUGGGUCUGGCCAUGUUAAGAAGCAUUCUGCCUACUGAUGUUUUUGUCUAAUUUUUUUAAGUGUUCUAAAAUAUUAGUAAAAUGACUCAAGAGAAAUGAGAUUGAGUGGAAUCGGGACUGCAUAGUCUUUGUAUAAUAAAUGCAUACCUUAAAAUAUGUAAUAAUCACCUUAUUUUCUGGACAUUAUUUCCCAACUUAAUGUUUAGCUUUUUGAACAUUUUAUAUCUCAAACUCCAGUCCUGAUACAAAAAGGUAUGUAUACAUAUCUAUUACAGUUUCAGGCUUGUGUACUUUGAAGAGAAAGGAAAAAACAUUAUAAAAAGACAAGACAAACAUUUUAAAGCCCUUGGUAUCAGAGGACUUCAGAAAAUUACCCAAAAUGUAUUUAAUAGGAAGCUGUAGGAAAUUGUUUUAGUAAAUCUUUUAAAAUAGUUAAUUGUUUUAAUAUGCCUU